UGAAUACAGGAAGAGGCUCUAUGAAUAUUUCUUGUUACAAAGAUGAAUGACAUUGCACCGAAUUUGUCUUCUUUGAUUGGUGAAGUUGUUGGCGCCCGUUUGAUUUCUCAUGCUGGUAGUCUUACAAAUCUAGCAAAGUGCCCCGCUUCUACUCUUCAGAUCCUCGGUGCAGAAAAGGCACUUUUCAAGGCAUUGAAAACCCAAGGGAACACGCCAAAAUAUGGCCUUAUAUUUCAUUCUUCUUUUAUCGGCCGAGCAUCUGCACGGAACGAAGGUCGUUUAGCUCGUCACCUUGCAAACAAGUGUUCCAUUGCAUCCCGUAUUGAUUGUUUCUCAGAUAUGAAUGCCACUGUUUUUGGGGAAAAGCUUCGUGAACAGGUGGAGGAGAGGCUGGACUUCUAUGACAAGGGUGUUGCCCCACGGAAGAACUUGGAUGUUAUGAAAGCAGCUAUUGAUAGUGCAUUAAACAAAGACUUGCAGGAGAAGCAAGAUGGAGAAAAGACCCAAAUGGAUACAGAUUACAAACCCACACAAGUUUCAGUAAAGAAAAGUAAGAAAAAGAAGGCCAAAAGUGAGGGUGUGGAUGGUGUUCCAAUGGCAGAGGAUAAACUAGCUGAGACUGUGGAUGGAGAUGCUCUUGAUGAGCAUGAAACCAAGAAGAAGAAGAAGAAAGAGAAGCGCAAGCCAGUGGAUGAGCCAGUUCCCAAAAUUUCCAAUGGCAUGAAUGGCUUGGAUUAUGAACAGAAUGGGACUGCUAAAAACGAAGAAAAAGAAUUAAGGGUGAAGAGGGUGAUGGAAGUGAACUACAUACCCCCAGUGAAAUGAAGAAGAAAAAGUUGUCGAAAAGCAAGGAUGAGUGAGUUUUAUAUUCUUUUCUUUUUUGGUACCGAGUCUUCUUGAGUUUUGUUUAUGUUCUGGGCCUCAUUAACCAAUGCUUACUCAUGGGUCUCAUUGUGCAAUGCUUGCUCCUUGUUGCGGCCUCAGUUAUGCCAUAUGUAUUUUGCCGGAAUCUAAUGGAAUUUUUAUAAUUUAGUCAAUUGUUUAUUUCU